AUGGAUCAUCCUCCCUGUGCGGCAGAAGAGUUGCCCGGGGAGCAGCGGGGCGCUCGCGUCGGGGAGAUCUGUAACAUGUUGGACGCCCUCGGCUUCGACCUGCGGGCCGGCUUCACGGAGCGGCGUCUGCGGGAGCUGGUCGAGCAGGAGGUCGACCGGCUUAGGCCGGAGUUCCGGGACCCGUCUCACGGCUAUUACCUCGCCGCCGACAUCAAGAUUUUGUUGGGCGGCGGAGGGAAGGGCGUCACUUUGCCGCGUGGUUACAGCGUCGACGUGCGUCUGCGGCGCGGCGCAGUGAUUGUGACCCUCCUGGCAGGCCAGCACGGGAAACAGCCUAUGCUGGAGGCGUGCCGCAUCAAUUGCCGAGCGACCGUUUUUUUGUCGCACUGCCAGGCGGAACCUGUCCGAGACACACUGCACGGCAUAGAGGACUUCGUGCAGAGGGCAAGCAAGUCCAGCGACGGGCCACCGUGUUGGCUGGACUUCUUUGGCUUGGACCAGAACAACAUUACCUGGACGAAAGACAAGGAACGCACGAAGCGCACGAUCAUGGGGCCGACAAGUCUAGCGGUGAUGAUGAGCCCGUGGGAGGGUGGUAUGAUCUUGCAACGGGCAUGGUGCUGCUUGGAGAUCGCUCUGCAUGCCCUCGCUGGCCAUGGCAUCAUCAUCAUCAUCAUCAUCAUCAUCGUGCUCACGCCGGAUGAGAAGGAACGCUUCCUCGAAGUGUUCCGCAAAGACUGCGACAGCAUCAUGAGAAAUGUGUGCAUGGUGGAUGUGCUGAAGGCAGAGGCGUCGAAGCUGGAGGAGAAGGAGUCGGUGGUGAUGGAGAUGCAGGCCGUGGAGGGCGGCGUGCCGAAGAUCCACCAGAUGAUCAUCUCCUCGAUGUUCGCUGCCCUGACGCAGGUCGCACGCAAUGCAAUAGAGAGUGCCGCUUAUGGCAAGGACGCCGCUGCUCAGGUGGCUACCGACUGCAGCAACCUGGCCACGCCCCUCCAGGCCCAGGGCGAGUGCGGCGCGCAGACCGAGGAGCUGAUGCGGCGGGCCCUGGCCAUCGACGAGAAGGCUCUCGGGCCGCAGCUCCCCAGGGUGGCUACCGGGUGCAACAACCUGGCCACGCUCCUCUGCGCCCGGGGCGCGUGCGGCGCGCAGACCGAGGAGCUGAUGCGGCGGGCCCUGGCCAUCGACGACAAGGCCCUCGGGCCGCAGCACCCCAGGGUGGCUACCGGGUGCAACAACCUGGCCCAGCUCCUCCAGGCCCGGGGCGAGUGCGGCGCGCAGACCGAGGAGCUGAUGCGGCGGGCCCUGGCCAUCGACGAGAAGGCCCUCGGGCCGCAGCUCCCCAGGGUGGCUACCGGGUGCAACAACCUGGCCCAGCUCCUCCAGGCCCGGGGCGCGUGCGGCGCGCAGACCGAGGAGCUGGUGCGGCGGGCCCUGGCCAUCGACGACAAGGCCCUCGGGCCGCAGCACCCCAGGGUGGCUACCGGGUGCAACAACCUGGAGCUGAUGCGGCGGGCCCUGGCCAUCGACGAGAAGGCCCUCGGGCCGCAGCUCCCAGGGUGGCUACCGGGUGCAACAACCUGGCCCAGCUCCUCCAGGCCCGGGGCGCGUGCGGCGCGCAGACCGAGGAGCUGA